CGGUGUCUGACCGAGGCUGUACCUCUUCCCAAUCUUCAUGGUUCCAAGGUGCAACUUGCAAAUACGCUAGCAUUGCUCGUGCACCCUGGUGGACCACUACUGAGCUGAAAGCGUAAGAUGUCAAAGGAUUUGGAAGUGUGUAUCCUGAUCUCUGCCUGUAUUCACUGUCUGUUGGCUCAGACAUUUCCAUAUGUCAGCUUCAAAGGACAAACUCUCGCAAACCAUAGCUAUGUGGAC